GCAUCAGCUGGGUGACACCAUGCGGGGACUGCUGAGCAGCAGCUGGAGGAAGUUUGGACAUGCUGGCCGGGGGACGUAUGAGUGGCUAACCAGCGAACCAAGCCUGCCUCUUCUGGAAACCCAGCUUCAGGGCACCCAGCAGGCCAGCUCCACCCAGGCCGACGUGGAGCCGUUCCUGUGCAUCCUCCUUCCCGCCACGGUCCUGCUUUUCCUGGCCUUUCUGCUGCUGUUCCUGUACCGCCGCUGCCAGGCCCCGCGGGCGCAGGGCCAGGUGUUCAGCAUCGACCUCCCCGAGCGCCCUCCUGCCGGAGCAGGGCCCGACUUCCUGCCCGGCCUGCCCUGGAGCGGGGAGCAGAAUUUCCCCUACUCGCCCCUGCGUCCAGGAGGGACCCUCCUCUCCGUGUGUUUGCCGCCCUCCUACGAAGAAGCCACAAGGAAUCCUCCCGGGGAAGAGGCCCUGGGCACCGCCCUUCGGUGUUGAGAAUGGACUGGAUAGCAAAAGUGAACUACUCCUGGAAAAGGUUCAAGCCUCCACCUUUCCUGGAGAACCCAGGGAGAAGGGCGGCCAGACCCAAGAAGCUGCUAUUCAUAGGCACACUCCCCAAGGAGCGGGGAAAGCCUGACAAAUGUCAGUUAACCUAGAUCAAGUUCCUUAGGGGAAAGUUUCCCAGGCUCUUCUAAAGAUGACUGGGCUCCCCCCAAAACGCGUAACACCCACCCCUGAGCAGGAAAGAGAGUUCCAAUUACUAAUGACCAUAGGAACCAGCCUGGAAAGACAAGAAAAAAGAAUAUUG